UACUGCGAAGAUCAUGUUCACUUUCUUACAGUUGACUUUUCGUUCCGUACCGAUGAACCGGAUUUAUUUCUUUCCGGUCUCCUUUUUGAUUAUCUCGAGGUUCAUGGUUUGUUGAUGUGAUUUUUGUGAGCCUGGGUAAAAAAAUCACAAAAAUAAAAAAAAUUCAAGGAUCUACCAACAAUUGUUGUCAAGUUAAAUUUGACAUUUGUUCAAUUCACAUAUUUGUUUCCUUUUUUUUGUUGUUGUUCAGUUAAAAUUUGACGAUUGUAUACAACUCCUUUCCCCCCCGCCGAAAACAGCCUAGGACUAGUAUAAAUGCAUUCAUUUCGUUUGCUGGAAUUUUAAAUUAUGAUGUCGUUAAUUCAGAGAGGUGACUAUCCCACCGCCCGGGACCGUCCCGUAUGUUUUACUGCGUCCACCGAACGUCUACCCGGCUGUGAAAUGCAUGACUGCUAUUGUCCGUCUUAGUAUCGAAACUAAGCAAUCACGGUCUUUAUUUCCUAAAUUGGUAAUGUUAUAUAAUCAAUAAAAUCUCGCAAUUUGGUUGUGAUCAUACACAUUUAUCAGUAUGGUCUCAGAUCGAUAAUUCCUUGUGUCCAGUCCCGGUUAGUAGGAACAAAAUUGCGACAGACCAGAGAUCUAUUUGAUUUAUUGAUUCGAUGUCUCUCAAAAGUCCUUCGAAGGUGAUCAUUUCACCUAUUUUUAACAAAGGGGUGCGAUUUGUGGAGGGAGGACUUUUAUUUGAGGAAAUACGGUGUCAUUCAGCCCAACGUCAGUUUUCAAGUUGUCUAUCCUUCGCCCUUUCGUCGUGCAUUUCAGAAGGGUAAUAAAAUUGGUUAUAUUACCUCUCUGGCCCUCUCUGUCGUUUUUACUACUUAAAAGCAAGUGAACCAAGUUUAUUCUACAAGCAACAACGGCCAAAAAGGCGAUGUUUAUAGUAGAAAGAUGUUAUCAGUCGGUGACACAGGCAGCUUCCGGAGGGGAGGGGGGGGGGUACUCCCUUAUAUUUUCCUUAAGGCUAUGUGCAGCCCCAAAAGGUAUGGUUUUUAACCGUUUUGGUCUGAAUUCGGGUAUGGUUUUCGAGGGAAUACAGCUGCGGUGAACAUAUCUGUCGUUUCAAUUCCAAAUGAAUAAGAAAGAGUCAAUAUGCGCAUUCGAAAUGGAUUUUAAGACACGUUUUGUUGGCGUUCUAAUCUUAGUAAUGAUUUCAUUAUUUCUGCCUACGCUAUGUCUGAAAACGGGUGUGGAAAAUGACAAAUUUUGUUUGUCUGAAACAGGGUCACGAUUUGGAGAACCGGGCAGCACAUCCCCACCAAGAAUUCCCAGGAGUACUCUCCCCCCCCGGAGGCGGCACGAAAGAAAGAAUCCGAAUACUUCCAACAGGAGUAGAAUAUUCAUGUUAUUUAUUCAUGUGUUUUACAUUACAGUGUACUGCGGUACUGUAUUGCUUUGCACCAAUAUAUGUUAGGAUUACUCUGGUCUAGCAACCCUCUGAUUAGCAUCGACCAAACCAUCUUCUGACUCUUGCGUUGAACAAUAGCUUGUUUUCCACAUGUUUUUCCCAGUUAAAAAUAUCGCUUGUUAAAACCGCAAAUAAACCUAAUUUAAAAAGACAAACAAACAUACAGUUAAUACUUUUGUUUGUUUGUUUUUUAAUUAGAACUCAAUUAGGAGCUAAUUAAAUGUUAUUUUUACAUGAUACAAUGGUUCGCUUCCACUUCAAAAGCAUAUAAUUAACCCAAGUUAUUAAGAGGUGUUUUCAAUCUCAAAAUAAAUACUUGACCAGGCAAUGACUUUUGCAGUGCGUAAAUCGAUGUUUCAUUUUUCAGUCGGUAUCCUUCGCGAUUGCAACAGGAGAAUAUUCCUGUAGAAAUUUUCAUAGCUAAAGUGUUUUCUUUAUCAUUACUUUAUUGAAGGCCAUACAGAGUGACUACGACAUUUGCAAGAGCUCUUUCAUGGGUAGGUAUUCCUAUUUUUUCGCGAAAUUUUUGCCACGAUGUUUAUGGGCAUCGCGCGCACGUUGUUGACGCUGUAAAACUGUCGUUGAUUUGAACUUGCUGGAAUUGUUUUAGUGAUGCGAUUUAUCAGCGAUUUUCUGGGCGAGCCUAACCAAAACACACUCUUUGUGGAUUAUCGUUAAAAUUAGACGCGCCCUUCAGCAACUUGAGCCGCUAGAAAGCAGUAUAGGAAACAAAAAUGAGUGUAAAUGAAGCAGGAUAAUGCUUUUAUUCAGUUAUUAGACUCUUAUAUACGUACAUGUUAAACUUAUGGUAGUCGUGGAGCCCUAUGACAGAGCAUGUGUUUUUUGCGGAGUUAAUACCGCGCUUUAGGGCAGAACAUUUUUACCAAAUUUUUAGGUGCUCCAUAUUGAACUUUUAGCAUUAGAAAACAUAGAUUUAAGAAGAAAGUUAUUAUUCUUUUUCUUUUUUUUCCGCAAUCUUACUGGAGACAUUUCACGCAACGAUAGUUCCGAAACUGGCCCAAUCACCUACUGAACCCUAUUUCAUAAUCAAAGAAAAUUUUUGAGGAAGGGGAUCUCAACCGGCACCGAAUUUUCGAAUUCCACUUACCUAUCAAGAAGCUCAACUUGGUCUGCCUCUCCCCGUUCACUAAGAACAAGUAGCUUAAUUAUAUAUUUGUGAUGAAAAAUAGACUGCUUUUCAGAUAGUAGAUCGCGAUCGCGCUCGACUAUCUGAACGCCUGGAACAGGCUAGGUGGAAAUUAUGAGAUUUAAAAAGGAUACAACUAUUUCCUAAAGGUGAGAUAAAUAGUAGUGGAUAAAUACCCGUAUCUAAGGCGUUUCACCGACCCUGAACUGAAGGGGUUAAUAGAUGGUGCUUCGGGAAUUUUGUCACAAGUGUAUUCUUAUGAUUUUUCUGGCGAAUACUUUUCAGUAUUUACCAACCUGCCAAAUUUUGUCUCUUUCUUGCCUUUCUUGGUAUUUGUUGGACUGAACAGCUUCCUCAUCUUGUCUUCCCACAUAUCACUAUGAUCCCAAACUAGUGAAUUCGUGGUUUUCAAUCACAUGCCGAGGAGGCCAUGUUAGCGGUCAAAACAAUAAACAUUUCUUUUUUAGGAAUUUUCAUGAAAAUGGUGUUUAGUUCCCAGAGAAGAGAGUUGCUUUUGUUUUUGAAAUAUUGGGUAAAUUAUAAAACUAGAUUAAAUGAUUUAAUAAAUCUAAUUUCUAAUGAACCAAGCUUUUUUCGUCCGAGUAUAACAAACGCUGACAAUUGUGAAGUUUUACAACGGUUCCCUCAUUGUCCCCAGAGAACAAGACAACUCUUAGCAAACAUCCUCCAUGAAGAAUAACCUUUAUUAAUUUAUACCGCUCAGGGUAGCCCCUUCAGACGCAAAAAGCUGUCUGUUAUCAAUGGGAGCCCAUGACUGCAGCCUCGUAGAUCUUGCUUACCUUCUGAACGUAAAACCCACCCAAGGGUGGCUUUUUCUUUGUGGCUUUUUUGCCCUACAUAAGGAAUAACACUCAGUGUUUUAUGAGCUAGUUGAACAAACACAUAUCCCAAGUGGGCGCUCCAUAGUCUUCUUUUUACAGAGAACACAUUUGGGGAUAAGCGACUAGAAAAACUGAACAGUCUUAAGUUAAUUCGUAUGAGCUAAUCAAAAUUGAUACAAAAACUGCCUUGUAGAAUAUGUAUAAGUAUUGCUAUUAUUGAUGAAAGUUAGCUUUGUCUAAACGAAAUAUUUGGCAAAUUAAUUACCUAUUAAUCCUUGUCCGAUUAGCCUUGUCUUUAAUUUAAAUCUUUCAGUAAAUGGCUUAUCAGUGUCUAACCUGAGAUCAGGCCCAAUUUUAGCAGUUCUCAUACAUUCUCUCUUACGUCGCUACGCUGCCCGCCGAAAUGUUAUUUACAAAGCGAAACAAAAAUAGAGCUUGAUCUCGGGUUAAUCAGUAUCAGGGUACAGCAGAGGGUUGAACCCUCCAAACUGGUAAUUUGUGAUUUCAUGGGUUUUGAUCCCGUCAUGAAUGCCAAGUUUUUCCUUGGGGGUGAAGUGACCUCCAUUUGAAGGGGGUGGUGAUCUCAACCAAUCACAACGCACGAUACCUAUAUCCAGAAAUGGAUAUCUCCCGGACUGAUUAGCAAGCGGAAGUUUACGGUAUAACACCUUUCUCACAACUGGCACUUCACCUGAUGUCACCUAAGUUCGUUUCUCUUUCAGAUAUGAGUUCUUCAAGGUCUUUAAAUGAUGAUGAUUCUUCAUCUCCUUCUAAUUCUCCCGUCAAAAAACAACUCGAUUUCUCAGCCAAGAUAAGACUCAUACCAGAAGGAGGGUGGGGCUGGAUAAUAUGCGCUGCUGCUUUCGGAACACAGCUGAUUGUUAUGGGGAUUCAUAACUCGUUUGGGAUUCUUUAUACCACAUUGUUAGAAGAAUACAAGAAAACUAAAGCUGAAACAGGUACCCAAAGUAGACUGUUCACAGUCCCCUAUUCUUCCUUAAGAUCGUCAAGAUCUAGCGCUUUACGUUAUGGGCGGCCAUCUUAGUUUACUUUCAAAUGUUCGGAGUAUAGCCUGGAAAUGAGUGUCAAAUCCACUUAGAGGGCGAGGGAUGGUUUGGUGCAUAUAAAUGAAACAAGAUGGCCACCCGUACUGGUAAGCACUUAACCCUUACCCAUUUCUCUUCAAUUCUCUUUUCCUCAUCCCAUUCUAAUCCGUUCUAUUCUCUUUCAUCUCGUUUAUUCCCGUGCCACACCGUUCUGUUCAUCUUAUUCAUUUCCAUUCCCUCUUAUUGCAUCAUCUUUGUUAUUUGAACCAUAUUUAGUAGAGGAGACUGGUUAGGAAAGCCGGGAAACAUCAAAGUUGAAAGCUAUGGUGUUGUAGUUUAUGUUGGAAGCUCCCUGACCGUGAACAAUCCUUUGUUUUCUGUUCACAAAUUGUGACUAAAUAAACUAACGCAAUGUUUCUAUCGGUCAAUAACUUCAAAAUGAUAGGAAUGCUACCGUAAAAUUCCGAAAAUAAGCCCCGGGGCUUAUAUUUUUCAAAGGCCCUUUUUGAGGGGCUUAUUUUUGGAGGGGCUUAUAUUCGGAGGGGCUUAUCUACGGAGGGAAAUUUGCGUUUCAAAAUCGAUUGGGCUAGCCAUAUAGUUGGAAGUAAAUUUACCGUUUUUGCUUUGUUAUACUUUGUAUUUGAGGGCAAUUUUCCAAGUACAAGCCCCCGGGGGGCUUAUAUUUGGAGGGGCGAUUUAACGGAGGGUUUUUGCGUUACCGGUUUUGGGAUCUUAUAUUUGGAGGGGCUUAUUUUCGGAAUUUUACGGUAUUGAACGUUGUGCACGGUCAGGUUCAAAAAAGCUAACAAAAACCUAUAACAAAGGGUUUCCCAACCAUUCCACUUUAAUUAACUAUGUUUGAACUGAUGAAAUGUAUAAAAAAGUCAUUUUUCUCAUUCCAUUUCAAAGGUUUAAUAGACUACAUAAUUUAAAAAAUGAUUAUGUACAGAGCCCAAAGGCUGCUGUUAUGUAUUUAAAUUUGAACACAAUUCCCUAAUCUCAUUGCAAAUAGUUCUUCAGCCGCUUUGGGUAUAAACUGUUCAAGAUCAAAAAUAUAUUGUAGUGAGGUACCUCGACAGUACUACACAAUUAAUCGAUCACAAAAAAAAAACAAAAAAAAAGAUUGUAAACUGUCACUGACAAGCCGGAGAUUUCACGAGAAAAACUGUUUCUCGUCUUAUACUCUACAUUUUUUUAUUUUUUUUUAUUUUCCAAUACAGCAUGGGUAGGCUCUGUCAGUGUCGGCGUCAUGUAUCUUUUUGGACCUAUCACAAGCGGUCUGAGUGAGAGAUUUGGCUGCAAAAUCGUGGCAUUCCUUGGGGGUUUUCUGUGUAUCCUGGGAUUGCUCCUGACGUCAUAUGCUACAGAUCUUCCGAAGCUCUAUGUAACAUAUGGCAUCCUCUGGGGUAUAGGGUCCAGCUUUUGCUACUUUCCUACGUUAACUGCUCCGGGAGAGUACUUCUGCCAUCGACUUUCCUUAGUAAAUGGAAUUGUCACUGCUGGUUAGUUGUUUAACCGAGUAAAAACCUGGUAAUCCAUUGUUCAAUUGUCAUGCGUGUAUCUUACACCAAAAUAUGUUUCUUUCAUAGUUUCCAAUCUAGUUGAGUUAGUUGUAAAUAAAUCAGUAGAAACUGAAGAGUUUUAUAGGAAUUCAAAGCCAACCUGUAGCUGAGCUUCAAAGCGUAUGACUCUCUCCUUCCGAUACCGACAUACGACUUUAUGAGAACAGCGAAGAACUAACCUUGAAUUUUCUAAAUACGUAGAAUGACUGAGCUAGUCCUUUGCAGCAUACAAGUAUAAAUCUAUAACAGAAUACAUGGUCUUUAAGAACGGAAAUUUAUAGAAAAAAUUUAUUGAAAGGAGAGUUCAUAUACCGUAAAAUUCCGAAAAUAGGCCUCAGGGCUUAUAUUUUUCAAAGGCCCUUUUUGAGGGGCUUAUUUUUGGAGGGGCUUAUCUACGGAAAGAAAUUUGCGUUUCAAAAUCGAUUGGGCUAGCCUUAUAGUUGGAAGUAAAUUUUUUUGCUUUGUUGUACUUUGUAUUUGAGGGCAAUUUUCCGAGUACAAGCCCCCCCCCCCGCGGGGGGGGGGUUUAUAUUUGGAGGGGCAAUUUAACGGAGGGUUGUUUGCGUUACCGGUUUGGGGGGCUUAUAUUCGGACGAGCUUAUACAUUGAGGGGCUUAUUUUCGGAAUUUUACGGUAUUAUAUAGACUGUUUUUUAACCUAGAAGGUUCUUACCAAGGAGCCAUGUAUGUACGAGAGAACCAGCUCCAAUAAAUUCUUCUUUUAUUUUCACAGGCAGUGGAAUAGGCACACUAGCAUUCGGUCCAGUCCUCCAACACAUUCUCCAGCGCUAUGGUCUUGUUACGUCACUGCGCAUUCUCAGUGGAGUGUCUGUCCUGCUGCCUCUGACGUCACUUACUUACAAGACAUUUCGUUCGCCACUGGAAGACCUUUUUGAAAUAAAGAAACAGCCAGGGCCUUUCUUUGACCUAAGCGUGUGGCAAAACAAAGCCUUUUGUGUUUACACAGGCGCGGUGGCCCUUUUCAUGCUGGGAUAUUUCAUUCCUUAUGUGCAUUUGGUAGGUAAACUUCCGCACAUUCCUAUGUCCUUUUCGUGUCCACAUCCGCACCUUUUCCAAGAAAUUUUGAUAAUUAAUUGCUGCCGCGCGAGAGAGCCUAAGUCGAGCGAGUAAUGCACCAGACCUAAUCCGUACAGGGACAAUUAUUUUCAAUUUCUACCCGUGAUGCAUUUGAAUUUUUAACCACAAUGCACUUUUUUACCACAAUGCCUUGCACACAAUGCUUUGGCGUCGCAAUAUCAUCGCUACGCGCUAAACGCUACUCAUAAAGCCGGAUUCUAAUUGCGCGCGCUAGCUGAACGCGAGAUAAAUGCAAACCUAAUUUGGCGAUACAAAUUGACACCAAGGCAGCACUCUUUUACAUAUUAGGUACACUAGUUAUUAUUAUAAAUACGUUAUUAUCCUCUCCCCUUCUGGGGCUCUUCAGGGAAAAUGAAACAAACAAAUUCAAAUGAACAUAGUAAGGUUAAGAAUCCAACUGGUAGGGGGGCAAUUAGUUGGCUAUUUUCAAGCGUGGCCGAGGAUUUCAACUCGAGACGACUGAGAACAAAUCCAGCAAGUGGCCAGAGCGGUACUCCAACUCGGGACCGCUGGAUUGCGAGUCCGACGCGCUGAUCACGCAGACACGCUGCGUCCUUCCUUUGCUAAAGCGAAAACUGAUGUUAUCAAACAAACAUAGAAUACAUCGCCCCUUGCCAUUAAAAAAGCGCAUUUCAUCCCCCUGAUUUGGCAAAUGCCGUAAAUGAUGGACAUUUUAGGUCAGCAUUUGCUUAAAGACAACUUUGUGGGGCACACCACUGCAACACAACACUGUAAGCCUAUGUUUACUUAAGCAGAUUGAUAGCCUGCAGUGCAAGCGUUUUCUUCGGGCGAGCAAAUGUUUUGCGCGCGAAAGCGCCAUGUUGAAAUUCCAAAAGAGAGGAGGAAAUGAGGCUUGUCAAAAGGGUUACCAUUUUUACUCUUCCAAAUCUUCUUCUCUUUCAAAUCUCCUUCCCUUGAGUGUGUUUUGAAGUGCUUCUCUUGAUCACGGUUCAAAUGAUUUUUUUGCCAAACAGGUCAGUCACGUAGAGGGGCUUGGAAUUUCACCCUCUAAAGCCGCCUUGUUAAUUGGUUUCAUGUCCAUUGCCUCAACAAUCAGUCGGAUCAUCUUCGGUAAAUUUUCAGACCAUCCGAAAGUGAAUCGAUUGUUCAUGACGCAGCUGGCGAUCACGGGCUUUGGGAUAACAACAACACUUUGUCCAGUUGCGAAAGAUUAUGCUUCCUUGGUGACGAUAGUAGUAUUUCUGGGUCUGUUUGAUGGCUUGUACGUAGUGCUCAUUGCCGUUGUCAAUACAGAUAUCGUGGGAGUCCAUAAGCUAUCGGCGGCAUUGGGAAGUGUUUAUGGAGUCAUAUCGAUAACUCUCACAGUUGGACCUCCUUUUGCCGGUAAGAUUUCAGCAAUACCUGUAUGCUUUAUUACAGUAACUCAAUUAAUAAAAAGGGUUUUUUUGUGCCCUUCAUGUUUAGACAUGGUAUCGUUCACGACUGUUUGAGAGUUUCGCGAGAGCUUGAAAGGACGUGUUUUUUCUGGUUCUCCAAAGGUUCCACUAGCAUACUACUAACUUAGCAUCAUCUUGAUCUACCCUCUCCUCCAUCAGUACCUUUACCUAGUAAAUGAUUGAUCCAUUUGCUGAAGACAGUAAUAGACGCUCUCCUGCCAUUCUUAUUCCAGGCCUGAUGUUUGACACGCUUCAUUCUUACCACACUGUAUUCUACAUUUGUGGAGCAACAUCCACCUUGUCAGCCUGUCUCAUGUUCCUCAUUCCAUGGCUUAUGCCCAACCAACAGGGGGGUACUUUCCGUCGAGAUUCCGCGCUGAGCCGCCUGGAGAGUCUCCUGAGUUCACUGCCACCAACUCCAAGGAGAAUUUCAAGAAGAAAUUUCGCUCACGAUAGUCAAGGUAGUGGAACAGGCGAUAGUGACGACGGCAGGGGUGGAGACAGUCUUUGUGAAGCUGACAGGAUUGAAAUGGAGUUUCUGCAAGGAUCUGUGUCCAACGACGUGGAAGACGAUGACCAAGACGGCGGCACAAGGCGACCGGAUGAUGGCCUCCGCCAGGAUACCUCCAUAAACACUGUCUUUAAUUCAACCAUGUCUCAUCGUGGAUCCAUCACAAAGUUUCUACUGCAACAACAGCUUCAAUCAUGGAGUAGGUCUCCUUCACCACUAUCGGAUUCCUGUCGAGGAUCAGGUCAAGGAAACCAGUCAUCGCGUGGCGACUCAUCAAGAAGCUCGCUGAGCAGUUACUUUGGGGGCUCAAGGAGAGCGUCAUGUUCAACUUCCUCAAAAUCGAAGAGCUCCAGCAAGCCUACGCCAACGGGCUCAAUUCGCGAUUCUGUUAAACUUGGAGAAUCAACCAGCGAAGAGACAUCAGAGUUGAACUCUGACGAACUGGAACCAGAGAUAGACGAGACGACAGUGGAUUUCUUGCAUGUUGAUGCUUUAUCUCGUCGAAUCUCCGAGGUGAGCACGGUCGUGGCUUCAUGCAGGGAGUCUGGACAGAGCACCGUGGUUUGUUCAAAUCGCAGCAGUGUUGUCAAGGUAGCUCUAAGUCCUAAGGUCAGCCUGCAGGAGGAAGACUCUCAGCAGCAGCGUUCCGUGAAAGACCCCGACAUGCUUCAUGUGCUUGCCGCUCGUCUUUUGCAGGCUACGCGUGAAAAAGAGAAUAAUUUUGACGGUAAAGAACUCAAAGAGUCAGUAGUGUAA